AUAAAACUACACGGGUGGUGGCAGAGACAGCUGGGGAGGAAGGGCGGAGAGCGGCGGAGACUGCACACAAACCCCCUUCAGUGCUCCUCUGUCACUGCUUCCGUUACCCGCCCCGCCCGCCACUCACCCGCUUGCUUGCUUGCUUGGUCUUCGUGGGCAGAAAACCCGCACACACCUCAGCCUUAACACAAUGCGUCAGGAGCCCACGGUGGGGUGGAGCGCAGGGGCGGGGCGGCCUACUGUCAUCCAGCCCUCCGUCUACAGGAGUACUACAACAAGCGAGGGGAUCAAGUGUUGCUGCUGCAACUGCUGUACUUGCGUCAACCUCAACUUCCUUAGAACGAAACCCGGGCUACUCAAGGCAGGAGAGAUGAUCCUGUCAGCCAUCUGCCUAACACUGGUGCUGGACUACGGUCUGCCCUACAGCUCCACCAUGGGCGAAUCCUUCACAGUGUUCCUGCUGACGACGUGUGCCUGCCUCCUGGUGGUGAGCCUUCUCCUCUUCUGCUACAUCAUCUCGGCCAACUCCUUCAACCUCAUCCGAUCCUCUGUGCUGGAGACGGUCUUCAACACUCUGGCUUGCGUGUUGUAUCUCACAUCCUCCUCCUACCUGUCCUGGUCUGUCUACAUCUGGCUGCUCCCUGGCUACCGCAUCACGCCACACUACACCGUCUACCCCGCGAUGUCAGCAGCAUAUAUCCUUGGCUUCGUGUUGGGCGUGGUGCAUGGCCUGGACGCGUGGACCUCCUACCGCCACCUCAAGUGACGGCCGGGCAUGUAGAGGGUGCUGGUGGUGUUGGUGGUGUUGGUGGUUGUUGACGCUCUUAUCUUAUAUGUAGGUUUUUAUUAUGCUUUCCUUAAUAAAAUAUUCUGAUUAUU